AUGGAGCGGCUGCGAGAUGUGCGGACGCGGCUACAGGCGUGGGAGCGCGCGUUCCGGGAGCGGCACGAGCGGCGGCCCGGCAAGGCGGACGUGGCGGCGGCGCCCGAGGAGACCCAGGCACUCUAUCGGGAGUACCGCGUCCUCAAGCAUGUCCUGGGACAGGCGGGCGGCGUCCGGCCCCGCAUCCCUGAGCAGGGAGCUCUCGCGGCGACCCAGGAGGCUCCGGAACCCAGCUGCUGGGGGCCUCACCUGAACCGGGCCGCAACCUGGAGUCCACUCCCUACCGCUGUGCCCAGCACCCAAGGAUCUGUGCGGGACUACGGGAAGAGGCUCAAGGCCAAUCUACAGGGCGCCCUGCAGGCAGAGCCAGCCCUGGGCCGCAUACCUCGGCUUCCGGGAAGACCCUCGUCUGAGACUCUUGCUCUGGGGCUGCCAGACACAGAGGCUGCCCCUGCUUCUCCAGGACUCAGCCCGGUGCCCCCUCAGUGUCCUGGACCCCAGCUGCAGCCAGCCCGGCUUCAGCAGUUACAGUUAUCCCGGAGUCAGCGACUGAACUCUCUGGACCCUGGCUGGCUGCAGCGAUGUCACGAUGGAGCCCCAAAGCUGCUGGGGACUCCUGAGGCCUGUGGGCCUGGCUUGGGCACAGAGGGGCUAUGUAGCCCUGGUGAGGGAUCCCAGCCUCUGAGCCCAGGUGUGCUGGCCACCCCUGGUGCCUGCCAUGGCCUCCAGGCUCCAGUGCUGCUGGAAGCCAACAACAGUGGAUGGAGCACCCAGCCCAGUGAGGAGCAGAGACCGAACCCUGGGGGGUCCCCUUCACAGUGGGGCAGCAGCCAUGUGGAAGCCCAGAGUAAGAACGCUGGGACCACAGAACCUGAGGAAGACCCACUGGAGGAGCCUAUGGGGCAGCAGUCGUCUCGGCGCUGCCACAGUGUUGCAACACCCAGGUCUGUUUUCCAGGAAGGUGGUAACUACGUCAGGCUCAACCUAAAGCAGAAACGCUACGUUCGGGGCCCAGCCCUACGGGGCACUCAUCUCCGAAAGCAGAUGUGGAAACAGAAGCGGCAGAAGAAAGAGUGUUUUGGGGGCAGCCGGCCCAGGGCCCCAGUCAAGGACUCAUGCUUCCGCUGUGGGCAGCUUGGCCACUGGGCUUCCCAGUGCCCCCAGCCAGGGAGGCCCUGCCUGUGGACAGGUCAGUUUGAAGGAACACUUUGCAAAGGUGCACAGCCCCUGCCCACGCUGGAGGCAGUGGCCCGGAAGACAGGGGCUGCCCACUGCAGACUCCCUGUGGGUAAGGACAGUGCACCCGCCAGGCCUGAGCUACUGGGGUCCGUGGAGUCCCACUCAAUCCCCACAGUGCCCCCACUCUACCAACCAGGGCCCUCUGGGCAGGUAGCAGAGACCCCACCUGAGGUGUUCCAGGCCCUGGGGCAACUGGGGCACCAAACCUUCCGGCCUGGGCAAGAACAGGCGGUCAUGCGAAUCCUGUCAGGCAUCUCCACUCUGUUGGUGCUGCCCACGGGCGCCGGGAAGUCCCUGUGCUACCAGCUCCCAGCAUUGCUCUAUGCCCGGCGCAGCCCCUGCUUCACGAUAGUUGUCUCCCCGCUGCUGGCACUCAUGGACGACCAGGUGUCAGGCCUGCCUCCAGGUCUGAAGGCCGCCCGCCUCCACUCAGGCAUGAACAGGAAGCAGCGGGCAGGUGUUCUACAGGAGGUGCAGGCGGCCCAGAUCCACGUGCUCAUGCUGUCACCGGAGGCGCUAACAGGGGCUGAGGUGGGGGGCCAUGCCUGCCUACCCAAGGCCUCCCAGCUGCCACCCGUGGCUUUCGCCUGUAUCGAUGAGGCACACUGCCUCUCACAGUGGUCCCACAAUUUCCGGCCCUGCUACCUACGCGUCUGCAAGGUACUGCGGGAACACAUGGGCGUGCGCUGCUUCCUGGGCCUCACAGCCACUGCCUCUCGCAGCACUGCCCACGACGUGGCCCAGCACCUGGGCAUGGUUGAAGGGCCAGGCCCCAGUGCACUUCCAGCCACCAUCCCCGCCAACCUGCACCUCUCUGUGUCCAUGGACAGAGACCCUGAGAAGGCCCUCGUGACGCUGCUGCAGGGGGACCGGUUCCGCACCCUGGACUCUGUCAUCGUCUACUGCAACAGGCGCGAGGACACAGAGCGGGUCGCCACCCUCCUCCGCACCUGCCUGGCGUCAGCUCCAUCCCACCCACUGUCUCCCUCCCCAGGUGGCGCUCCCGAGGCUGUGGCUGAAGCCUAUCAUGCUGGCAUGUGCAGCCGGGAGCGACAGCGAGUACAGCAGGCCUUCAUGCAGGGCCGGCUGCGUGUGGUGGUGGCCACAGUGGCCUUCGGGAUGGGGCUGGACCGGCCAGACGUGCGGGCUGUGCUGCACCUGGGGCUGCCCCCAAGCUUCGAGAGCUACGUGCAGGCCGUGGGCCGGGCUGGGCGUGAUGGGCAGCCCGCUCACUGCCACCUCUUCCUGCACCCGCAGGGGGAGGAUCUGCGGGAACUGCGUAGACACGUGCACGCCGACGCCGUGGACUUCCUGGCUGUGAAGAGGCUUGUGCUACAGGUGUUCUCACCCUGCUCCUGUGCCCAGCGGCCCCGGGAGCACGGUGGGAGCACAAAGCAGGCUGUGGUCUCAGCAGAGAGCAGGCUGGACAGCAGCCAGGACACAACCCCUGGGUGGAGGAGAUGCUGCCUGGGCCACACACGGGCCCUCUCAGUGGAGCUAACAGAGCAGGCUUUGGACAUGCCCCAGGCGGCCAUCGAGACCUUGCUGUGCUACCUGGAGCUACACCCCCAGCGCUGGCUGGAGCUGCUGCUGCCCACCUACGCCCACUGCCGCCUGCACUGCCCGGGGGGCCCUGCUCAGCUCAGCACCCUGGCCCUCAGGUGUCCCCCUGUGGCUGCUUGUCUGGCCCAGCAGCCACCCAAGGGUACAGGUGGUGGCAGCAGCUCUGUGGAGUUUGAUAUGGUCAAGUUGGCAGACUCCAUGGGCUGGGAGCUGGCCUCCCUGCGGCGGGCCCUGCGCCAGCUGCAGUGGGACCAAGAGCCCGGGUCCAGGGCUCCGCAGAGCACAGGGGUGCUCGUGGAGUUCAAGGAGCUGGCCUUCCACCUGCGCUGCCGUGGGGACCUGAGUGCCGAGGACAAGGACCAGCUCUGUGAGUUCCUACAUGGCCGUGUGCGGGCACGGGAACAGGAGGCCCUUGCCCGCCUGCGCCACACCUUCCAGGCCUUUCACAGCGUGGCCUUCCCCAGCUGCGGACCCUGCCUGGAGCAGCCGGACAACGAGCGCAGCUCCCGGCUCAAGGCCCUGCUCAGACACUACUUUGAGGAGGAGGAGGAGCCGCCGGGGCCGGAGAGCAAGGAGGAGGAGGAGGGCCCAGAGCCAGGGCAGGCCAGACUCCAGGACUGGGAGAACCAGAUCCGCCAGGACAUCCGCCAGCUCCUGUUCCUGUGGCCAGAGGAGAAGUUUUCCAGCAGGGCUGUGGCCCGCAUCUUUCAUGGCAUCGGAAGCCCCUGCUACCCAGCCCAGGUGUAUGGGCGGGACCGGCGCUUCUGGAGGAAGUACCUGCACGUGAACUUCCACGCCCUGAUGCAGCUGGCCACCGAGGAGCUGCUGCUGUGGGGCCGCUGA